CUCGGGCACGGGACAGCGCGGGGUCGGGGCCCAGGGUUCUUCCCUGGGGUCUCGGGGCCGGCGCUGACACCCGCUGUGAGCCGAAGGGCCCGGGUGGCCUGGCCGGGGGGAGGCGGUGGAGCCCAGCUAAGGAAAACCGGGAUUUAAUGGUUUUUGCAUGACUCGUACCGCGCCUAAACCCGAGGGCAGCUCGGCCAGCCGCUGCCAGCCCGGCUGGCUCAGCUCCCGCGCCGCUCCCGGCUUUGCUGUGGUUAAUCUCUUUUCCUGGUGGAGCUCUGUAGCCGGUCUCCCAGCAGCUGUGCACGCAUAUAAUUAACUGCAUAAAAUCCAUUAACAAGCAGCUCUGCAGAAUAGUUCCUAAAUGUGUUUUCUAUAAGUGGAUAAUUGUAACUUCUCUUUAUUUUUUAGUUUGCUGUUGUCCCACAUACAAUAUAAAUUAUCAUUUUAGUUGCUGACAAUAUUAAUACCUAAUAGUGUUUGUUCCUAAGGCUCUAAUGCUUUUUAUUUUUAACAAGGCUAAGUUUGUUCAUACAAUGGAUACACACAUCAGGAAAACGGCAUGGUUGUUGGACAAUGAUCAAUAUUUGGAAAAAAUUGGGUUGACAGAAUUCCAUCUACAGGGUGAUCAUCCACCAUGGCAGGAUUUUGCUGUGCCUCAUCUAGGACCAGAUAAUGGAUUGCUGGGAACACAUAGCAGCAAGACACAAGAUGUGCUGAAAGGACAAAUGAAGAAAACACAGUCUCAAAAGGUGCAAACAACAGAAGAAUGGAUAAGAAACUACAGUUUGGAAUCCUUGCAAUUAACAUUAGAGUAUCUGUGCUCCAGGAAUUCAGGAAAUGGUGGUGGAGUGAUGGAGUUUACAGAGGAGACUCUUACUGAUUUUGAAUCCAGACUUUCUGAAGUGAUUGAGCUCUAUCAGCACCGAAUUCAGUGGCUCUUGCAGGACAGCAGAAAGGUGUUCGGUGUUAUAAAAGGAACUAAAGUCGGACUUUUGGUUGAUGUGUCUCAUUUGAGUUAUGGACCUCGACUAUUGGAUUUUCAAAAGAACCUUUUGUGCUUAAUAGAUGAGCAGCUUUGUUAUAAGAAGGAAUUGUACUGCCUCUCAUUCAGUACAGAAAUUUCUCCACUGUGGGAGAGUCCAAAAACCAUCAAUGUUCAUGUGCUACAUGAAGCAAGACAGUGGGUACAAGAGCUGGAGCCUGGUCAAGGCUGCAAUUUGCUGAAAGCCUUAAGGCAUGUCCUUCCAAUGAGAGAACUGAAUUCCUUGGUUCUUAUUGUAGGAAGCUGCCCUGAUCAGUCUUUUGAAAUACUGUGUGAUUAUGCUCAGCAGUGUAUGCUGGGGAGAAAAGUGCAGAUUCACACUGUUACAUAUGAUUGCAGCAACCCUGCUUCCCUUGCAGUUCUGAAGAAUCUUGCAGAAGCUGUAAGAGGCCGUUAUCAUUGCUACUCUUCCAAGGAAGAGAAUUUUGAUAGCAGUGAUUUUCAUCUGCUACUUCAGGAAUCCCAGAAGGCUAAGGACCUACUCAAGAGCAUCAAAGAGAGUUUUUCCAGAGUUGGUGGGUUGCUUGGUAGUAAAAGAGCAGAUGUUUCCACAGCAUUUGCAAAUACAGCACCUUCUAGCUUCUUCCCAAAGCCUCCAAAGCACAAAGCACCACUGGUUAUUCAAACACCAGGCAUCCUGUGCAAAACCUCAGCAGACUGGUUAAAGACAUAUGGAUUGAAAGCUAAAAAGUUAGACCUUUAUCAAGUUCUGGCUCCCAACGCUUUCUCUCCAGUGGAAGAUUUUGUACCUAUUCUUAAAAAAACAGUAUCAUCAACUCUGCAUGAGAAAGUGAUGAUGCAGUUUGAGUGGUAUGAUGGAACUGUAAAACAUAUCCAUGUUGACCUGCCACUAUUGUACAACUAUCAGAAACUCCUUGCUAAAAUGGUAGGAAUUUAUGAGAAACGAAUUGACUGGCUAUCUGUUGCUAGUAGAAGAGUAUGGGGAAGUGUUUGUGAAAGAAGGGUGGUUGUACUUGUUGAUAUAUCAGUGACAAACUCUACCUACAUCUCUCAUAUCCAACACUGUUUGCGACUUUUACUCGAGGAACAAAUGUCAAAUAAGGAUUGCUUCAAUAUUAUAGCAUUUGGGAGUGACAUUGUGCCUUGGCAGCAGGAACUGUGUCCUUCCCAACCAGAAAACUUAGAAAAGGCUUGGAGGUGGGUGUUGAGCUUGGAGUGCAAGGGCAGUAGAAAUUUCAUGAGUGCACUCAGAAGAGCUGUGGAGGUUGACUUCAAAGACAGUGAUAAACACAAAUCACAGGGACUCUACCUGCUGACUACUGGAAUACCUGAUCAGGAAACACACACAAUCAGUGCUUACGUGGCUGAGGCGUGCAGAGGUUUGGAUUUGCAGCUCCAUGUCUGUCUGUUCAGUGUAACAGAGGGCACUGACUGCAGUGCGGUUAUUCCAGCCCGCUAUGCCAACCCCAGGGAAACUGCCAAUGCCUUUAAAGACAUUGCACAGGCAGCCAGUGGGAGGUUUCACUGGUUUGGAGAAGCAGGUAUUUUUGAAAGUGAUGAUAUUACCAGUAUUAUAUCUGAAAUGGAAAAAGCAAAGAACUACUCCCAAAAGUGUGCAUUCCUGGUGGAGUCCUUAAAGCAACGCUCUGUAAAUCAGUCUGUGAAACCCCUCACAGCAGGAGACUCAAAUGUGCUUAUAAAGAAUGAGAAAAAAAAGCCACAGAAGGUGCCAUCUCCUAAAGCCACAGCUGUGCUUAAGGAUGUUAAAGACAACCAUGGUGCAGAGGGAAAUACUCCUGUAAGAGUACUGGCAUGGCGUCCUCCCAGUGCCAAAGCAGGAAUUCCACCAGCACAAACAAUUAAAGAAUGGCCUCAGACUGAGAAUAAAGGAAAGCACAAACCCAGGAAGCAGCCAGAGCUUUCUGUGUCUGUAUUUUACACUGAAGAAGGAAGAAAUGUGGGUACAAUAUAUCAGAGGUAUCCAAAGGCAGUGUGUGUAACAAAAUCUGUUUGCUCUGUCAAAUUGCCAGAGGAAGAGGAAAUCUGUUCAAGCAAAGAGUGGCUGACCAAGUACAGUAUUAAAAAGCUUAAACUGGAAUUGCCCAGACUGAUGUUUGCUCCAAGCUGUACCCACCAGAAGACAACUGUGGAGUGUCUGCACAAGAAAGUAUCAGCAAAAUACUGUUCUAUCUUCCCCAGUGCAGAAAUCAAUGGGGUUGUGAAACAUCUGCAGUUUCAGCCUAGAGAACUGGAAGCCUUCACAGAGCAGCUGGAGAAGGUGCUGCAGCGCUAUAUCCAGAGAGUGCAGUGGCUGCUCUCAGGAAGCCGAAGAUGGUUUGGUACCAUUUUAGAAGCAAAUGUCUGUGUUUUGAUUGAUACAUCUGGCUCCAUGGGCCCAUAUUUGUCAUCUGUCACAAAAGAACUUACCUCCCUUAUCUGGGAACAGCUAAGAAAAAACGAAGUCAGGUUUAACCUGCUGAGAUUUGCAGAAAAUACUGAGAGUUGGAAAGAGCAUCUGGUAGAGGCAACUGAUGAGAACUGCCAUGGUGCUGUGCAGUGGGCUUCCACGUGCCAUGCUCAUGGGAACUCCUGCAUCCUUGCAGCUUUACAGAAGGCUCUCAGUUUCCAAGGUGUGGAGGCACUGUAUCUAUUGACUGAUGGAAAACCAGACACCAGUUGCAGUCUGAUUUUGAAAGAAGUUGAAAGAUUGAUAAAGAAACAAGAUAUUAAAAUCCACACCAUUUGUUUUAGCUGUGCAGACAGAGGAGCUGUUGAAUUCCUGAAGAAGCUUGCUUCCCAAACAGGAGGGCGCUUCCACUGCAGUUCUGGAGGUGAAGAUGGACAAUUAGCAGCACACAGAAUAUUGACAGAGGGGAUGGAUGAUGAAGAUAAUCCAGUUUUCCCUUACUUUGAAGGAGAUGAUUUAAAUAAACUUACUCAAGAAGUAGCAAAAGCUAGAAGUUUCUUAAAGCAGGCAAAAUCUUGGAGAUUAUUGCUUGAAAAAUGGAACACAAACCGAAAAGGCAACUCUGGCUUCCAAAACAGAGUUCAGGUAAACAUGUGUUCACAUCUUCAAGCAGAAAGAAAGAUGAUUUUUUUCUUUGUUGUCACAACUGUUGGCAAGACAAGAAGUUGCAGGUGAUCAGUGCUGCACUCAACUCCACUUGCAGAUUUUUCAGGAUUCAAAGUAAAUUAAGCCCUGAACUCUACAAAGUUUAAAAAUAAGUAGAGAAUAGUUUUCAAUAUAGCUAAUAGAAAUUUUAAAAGUGUAUGUAUCAGUAGUGAUACAGGAUCACAACUUUUAUUUCUCUUUUACUGCAUUGUAUUUAUAAUUUCUUCAAUUAGUUGCUGGUGUGUCUAAAUUGUCUUUUUUGUCUGUUGGUUUGAGAAUUCUUUGCUGGUGCUUAUUAUCCCUGACAGAUGGGACAUAUGGCUGUGAUGUCAGGAAGGGAAUUCUUUAUGCCAGUUUUGCAUAGAAAGUCCAAGAAAUACCCUUAGUGCAGAAACCAAAGCCUGUAAUUCAUGGUUUUAUAGAGAGAAGUUUUUGCUAAUAAUUAUUUUGACUCUUCACUUUUUGUGUUGGCAAUAAAGAAAGAUUUAGAGCUGAUGGUACAGGAGUGAUGAGACAUGCAAGAAAGUAAUACCCUGUUGCUGAUGUAGCCUGGUUGUGUUUUUAUAACCAGACACUGCCUCUCUUCUGAGCAAUUCUGUUCUUAUAUAUUUCCUGUUUGGAAAGAUUAAAAAUAUAUUUGCCAUAUCAGCUGAUUUGUGAAAUAUACUUGUUUUUUACUGAUUUCUGGAAUGACAGCUCACUGGUAUUUUGUAGAUGUUCACUGUUGUCUUUUAGAGGGUUAGAAAAUCAUCUCCUGUGUUUAAUAUAUGUAAUAUAAUAAAAAUUGAUUCAUACUUCAAAAUUAA